UCCGGGUAGUCGGUGGGGCGGCGCUACAUACGCAGUCCAGAACGUGGUAGUCGUUGCCGAGUGUCGGUUUUUCCGGUUUUCCCCGAACAAUUCCCGCGUACUCCGCGUCCACCCCGUUGUUUUCCGAAUUCGUUUUAUUUUUAUUUUUCGGACAUUUUUUUUUGAUUUUAAUCACGCGACCGAGCGUGUAUAACAACGGUAUGUCCUCGUCGUCGACGACGGUCUCCCGCCACCGCCGCUGUCGACACCCGUCAUCGGAGCUUGAGUAAAAACUCAGUAAAAAAAAAAAAAAAACCCCAAAAAAACCGAGCGUUUUGACCGCCCCAGAGAAUAUGUCAAAGGUCUAAAAUCCGGCCACGGCCCUCGGCCACGACGACCGAUUGAUUUUGACCGUUACGGCAAUUGUAGCACGGAGAUUUGCACACACACACACAACAGCUAUAUAAGGUCAUCUGAAAACAAACUAGCUGUGAUAAGUCACCAACAUGGAAAUUCCAAAAUUGCCGGCAGACUUCAGGAAAGAUGGGUUGGCUCUCGUCUCGCGCAUGGUUAGGACGAAAGACUUGGACGACCUUCAAGGCGAAUCUACCCCGCCGGGAAGAUACGAUCCCCAUCACCAAACAAAGCUAAAGAAAUGUUUGAACACCGUCGACUUAACCUCAUUGGGAGUAGGUUCUUGUUUGGGCACCGGUAUGUACGUAGUGACCGGAUUAGUGGCCAGAAGGUUCGCCGGCCCAGCUGUUGUCUUGUCGUUCAUUAUAGCAGCGGUAGCUUCUCUGUUUUCUGGCGCUUGUUACGCCGAAUUCGGAGUCCGAGUGCCAAACACAUCCGGUUCCGCGUACAUGUACAGCUACGUGACCGUCGGAGAGUUCAUAGCGUUUCUCAUCGGCUGGAAUAUGGUCCUCGAGUACCUCAUCGGGACUUCGGCUUGUGCUUGUGCCCUAAGUGCUAGUCUGGACUCUUUGGCCAACGGGGCGAUCAGCGCGUCCGUCCAGAGCGCUGUUGGCUUUUUAGGCAAACCUGAUCUCUUGGCGGCUGGAAUCACGUUGUUAAUGAUGGUUCUAUUAGCCGCCGGUGUAAAAAAGAGCUUAAUGUUCAACCAUUUGAUGAACGCCAUCAACCUAGCAGCUUGGAUAUUUCUUAUGAGUGCCGGUCUGUUUUAUGUCAACAUCGAUAAUUGGAUUGAAAACGAUGGAUUUCUCCCGAACGGCUGGGGAGGCGUGUUCAAAGGUGCAGCGACGUGCUUUUAUGCUUUUAUAGGGUUUGACAUCAUAGCAACUACCGGAGAAGAAGCGCACAAUCCCAAAAAAUCCAUUCCUUUAGCCAUCAUGGCUAGUCUGAUAAUAAUAUUAGUCGCCUACGUUAGUUCGUCGAUAAUCCUAACUUUAAUCGUACCGUACAACAAAAUCGAUGAAAACGCUGCUUUGUUGGACAUGUUCGUACAAGUGGGCGCACCUCGGUGUCAGAUGAUAGUGGCUGCCGGAGCGAUGGCCGGUCUGUUGGUAAGCAUGUUUGGGUCCAUGUUUCCAAUGCCAAGGAUAAUCUAUUCGAUGGCACAAGACGGACUGCUGUUUAAAUCACUAAGUCAAAUUUUCCCACUGACCGGUACGCCUCUGAUAGCGACCAUCCUGUCGGGAGUGGCGUCCGCGGCAGCCGCGUUGGUCAUCAAUCUCGAUACUCUUAUCGAGAUGAUGUCCAUCGGCACGUUGUUUGCCUAUACGCUGGUAUCGACGUGUGUGUUGAUACUCAGAUAUCAACCGCAGACAUCCACAGCCAUACACUUCUUCCCCGAGUCGAUGCGGUCGCCCAUGACCGCGCCAAAGCAAAUUGUCACCAACGGACGGGUAAACUUCGUGGUCGACCAAGACGAUCAGAGGUACGCGUACGCGAACCAAGCGUUCGGCACCGGCGACGGGGGCGGCGGCGGUGUGCCGUCCAUGUUUUACCAGACACAGUUGCCGUUACCGCAGCAAAUUAUACCUUCGCAUCAGUCGCAGAGGAUAAUGGUCCGAAAAGUAACCAGGAGUUCUCCGGACUCGGACGACACGUACUUUGGAGACGAUUCGGAAGAGGGACGUGACGACCAGUACUUAGUGUCGGACAGGUGUGAGAGCAAGUUCUACGGUUCGGUUCACGGGGGAUCCACGGCUGGUUCUACGGCACCGCCCAGUGGAUUCAGCGCCGCCAGUGCAAACAUCAGCCGGUCUAUAAAGGCCGCCACUUACCUGUGCCCGGCCAUAUUCCCCUGGGUGGACACGGGCCCCGCCACCGAGGAGAGCGGUUUUAUGGUGCUCAAGUUGGUCGGGGUGUUCUACGUGCUGGUCAUUGUGUUCGACGUGCUGCUGGUGGUCAUUUCGCCGGACUCGUCGGUGGUCACCUACGUUGUGUUGUACGCGCUGCUGAUCGCCCUGUUGGCGAUUUUGGGCGCCAUAUCGCGCAAACCGCAAAACAAGCAAAUACUCGUGUUCAAGACUCCGUGGGUUCCGUUUGUGCCGGCGUUUUCCAUUGCCGUUAAUUUGUACUUGAUAUUUCAACUGAGCUCGAUGACUCUUCUGCGGAUCGUCGUAUGGGUGUCAAUAGGUUUAUUCGUAUAUUUCUAUUACGGCAUCAAGCACAGUACGUUGGAACCGGCGGUGGACGAAGACGAACGAAUAGAACUUAAGACCAAACGACCACCGGCUUCGACGCAACAGCAAGCGAAACCGCCGGCAAGUCGACCUCCGCCAAGACCGUCUCCAGUCGCCACGACCAGCGUGGACGGCAAGAGCACCACCGAACCGAAAAGGCCGACCAACCUGGGACCGCCGCCGCCGCCUGACCCGAACAAAGAUAACAGCAUGUUUGUGUCGCCGUCCGCUUUUCCCAAAUGGGACGAUUAGUUUGACUGAGAUAAAAAUAUUAUAAAAUUACACAAUGAUUACACUAAAUAUAAUAAUAUAAUAGUAUAUUUAUAUGUUGUCGUUUUGUGUGUGUCGACCACAAUUGAAACGAACGCAUGAUUUAUGUGUCAACUAUUGUAAAUAGGGAUGUAAAAAUACAAUUAUUAUUAUUAUUAUUAUACAUACUAAUUAGUAAUUUUAUUUUAUUGAUUAUUAUACGCGCCAAAAAAAAAAAAAAUAUUUAUGCUGUCCUCCUUUUCAAAAGUGCCGUAACUCGAAUUUAACAAAGUAAAAUGUUUUUUUCUCGGUGUAUUCGGUUUUUUAUCAUUUUUUUUUUUUUUUUUUGAGUUACGGAAUUUUUGCUAAGCAGGACAGUGUAUACAUACGUGUAACAAUAAUUCAGCCUACACGAUUAAGAUGUUGUAUUAUGAAAUAUAAAAGCGGAAAACGAUUAUAACAAUAUUAAAACAUGUUAUACAAACGUGAUAAUAUAGCGCGGUAGUGUGAAUUUAUAUACAUUUUUAUUGUAUUCACUUCAUUAAUAAAUUUAAACAAUACAACAGUAUUGGCGUAGCUAUAACGCGAUAAUACUUUGGAUGAAAAUAUUGUAUUGUUAACGUUUUCAAAGGAAUAUUAUUUAUUAUUAAUUGAUGAACGCGCGAAAAUCCCCUGUACGAAAUUUGUAUUCUUUUAGUUUUUUGUUCCGGUUAUCAACGCACCACCGACUCUUUUCACCGAUGUCUCCCGAGAUGUAAACUCCCCACAAUAAUAACAAUAAUAUGCGAACAUCCCUUAUCCACUCUGAGGGCUUAGAGUAAUUUCCGUUUCUGGUUUAACAACCGUUCAUUACACUCACACGCUAACGAGUAACGCCUGGACGACUUUAUUAAUGAUCAUCAACAUGGCCUCGUGUCCUAACGGUUGUGGCGAGCACACAACAGCGUGCACUUGACUUGUUCACUUGAUAUCAUCAAAAGACUUUACAGCCACCGAUCAAAGUUGCAAAAUUUGUUGAAUAUUAAAAAAAAAAAUCAUGCAUGUAUCUCAAAUUUGAUACCGAUUUCCAUUAAUCUCAUGGUUAUUUAGUUAGCAGCUGAUCGUUUCGAUUUGUAAAUUGUAUAUAUUUGUGUUAAACUAAUUUUUAAUUUGGUUUACUAUUCGUUUUUCGGUGUCGGGCUGGAGAUGUUAAACUGCUUAUAAACUUAGUUAAGUUACUUAAUUAUGACUACAACAAAAUAAUAAUAAUAUUAUGUUUGUGUUAUUGUUAUGGCAAGACUGGUUUUUCGAAUUGUAAUAUAAUAUUAUAACGUUUAAAUAUUAUUAAAUUUGUUAUGUAAUUAUAAUAAUAUUAUACUUAAAUACUAUUAAAAUAAAUAUCUCAUUAUUUACUAUUAUUAUACCUAUAUUAUUAGUCUUUAGACGAAACUAAAAAUAUACUGUACAAUUCCGUUAUCGG